GUUGUGAUGGUAUGUUCCGGUCAUUUAAUAGCACUCUCAGAAAGCUAAUGCUGGCACAGUGUGAAUGGUAGUCUGUGGCAGGUGUAACCAUAAACACACUGCAUGAUAUGACACAUCCACAGGAUUUGCUGACGCAUUACCUGGCUUAAGGUCCACUCCAUAGAGCUGGCCUAUCGCUGUCAUUGUGUCACCCAUCCAACACAGGAUAACAAGGACUCAGAAUGUUCAACACAAAGAGGUUGAAGAAAAAGUCCCAGUCAGUGGACAUCCCUGAUGAGAGUUAUGCCGGUUCAUUCGUCAAAGACCUGCUGGCGUCGCCUAUGAUACAGAAUGUGACCAGAUCAGUUAAAACUGAAGAAAAGGGGAUCAAUACCACCAACAUCCAAAAGGCUCGUAGUCCUCGACGUGGAGAGCUCAAGCGAGGCUAUACCAUAGACACCGGGCAGAAAAAGAGUGCGCUGGAGAGGAAAGAUGUCCGGAGGAUAUCCUUUCAGAGGCCCAAAGGCACCAUGGAGUAUGUGGUGGAGUCUCGGGACACACUCAACAGCAUUGCGUUGAAGUUUGACACGACCCCAAAUGAGCUCGUCCAGCUCAACAAACUCUUCUCUCGCGCUGUUGUUCCUGGCAAGGUGCUGUAUGUCCCUGACCCGGAAUACAUCUCCAGUGCAGAAAGCUCUCCCUCCCUCAGUCCCAUCAGCCCCCUCUCCCUCACCUCUUCAGAGGCGGAUCUCGAGAAGGCCACCACAGACUCAGAUAAUGUCCACCGGAGACACAGCAAUUGUCACGGGCCCCCUCGACCAGCCAGAGUGGUGUCAUCCACCUCCGAGGAAGAAGAGGCUCUUACGGAAAAGUUCCUUAAAAUGAACUGUAAAUACAUCACAGAUGGCAAGGGUAUAGUUAGUGGUGUGCUGCUGGUAACCCCAAACAACGUCAUGUUUGACCCUCAUAAGUUGGACCAUCUGGUGCAGGAGCGAGGAUGUGAGGAGUACGGGAUCAUGUGCCCGCUGGAGGAGGUGCAGUCUGCAGCCAUGUGCCGGGAGAUCACCGACAUCAGGGUCCGAGAGCUUGUGCCACCAGAUCUAGAGCUUGAGCCUUCAAUACCUGAGGUAAGCCAUCUCAAGAGGGCACCACGCCUCAAUGCAGGCGAUGCGGCUCACCGAAUCCGCGAAACGGGCAAUGACAGUACCAGUACGGCCCCUCGCAGCACGGAAGCUUCUCUAUCUGAAGACGUUUUUACAGAGUCCGAAUUGUCUCCAGUCCGUGAUGAUCCCCUUGCAACAUCUUCCGACGAGUUGCAGCAGAUAAAGUCCUCUGGUGCGUCUUCUGAAUCUGUGCAAACCAUCAACCCUGCCGCCACAACCACUGAAGAACCUUUAAUGGCUGACAAAAAGGACGUAAAAGAAGCUGUACAGAAUACAGGAACGGAGGGAAGAGGAUGGCGGGAUAGUGGCAUUGAGCAGAGUCUGAAUGCCACAGGUUUAUCCAAUGAGGUGCUGUCUGAGAACGUUCUGGAGAAUGUAAUGAGGGACCAACCUGCAGGCGAGACUAAGUCACGCACCACAUCUGAGUCGCUUUGUUUGGACACUGUGGCUGCUGAGGAUUUUGAAAAAGCCCAUGAGUCACUGAAGACCGUGGAUGCACAGACUAUGCAAUCGACCAGUGAUAUGAAGGAAGGAGAACAAAAGAUGUCCAAUGAUUUCACACCAGCUAUUGAGCUUGGAGCAGAUGAGGGACAGAGUACAGAAGUUGUGCCGUUGCCCAAAGGCAAGGAGAAGUCCAAGUCGCACAAGUUCCUGUGCCUGCGGGUUGGCAGAGCCAUGCGGAAGACCUUUGUUUCCCACGCCAGUGCCUCCAUGCUGCAGUACGCCCAAAGAGACAGGAAGCACGAGUACUGGUUCGCUGUUCCUUCUGAGAGGUCGGACCACCUGUAUGCGUUCUUUGUCCAGUGGACCCCUGAUGUGUACGGUGAAGGGCUGGGCGGAGUGACCCGAGAGCCUGGGUUUGUAGUGGUUAAAAAGAACCAGGAUGCUGAAAGCGGGGAGCACGACAAACCAGUGCCUGAUAUCACGUUCAAGGACUGGGAGGUAGUUUCUGUGACUGAGUAUUACCGGCGGAUAGAUGCUCUAAAGAGUGAGGACCUGCGCUCGCUCUGCAAACGUCUUCAGAUCACAACCAAGGAAGAGGUGAACUCCAAACACGUGGUGAAGAGUGACCCAGAACCCGAAUCUUUCAGGCCCAGUCUGAACGAGCCCAGUGACCUUCUGCAACCCGAUCAAAUCGAAAAGCUGGCCAAGCACCUCCCACCCAGGACGAUCGGCUAUCCCUGGUCCCUGGCGUUCAGCACGUCCAAACACGGCAUGAGCAUCAAGAGCCUGUAUCGCACCAUGCAGAGCCAGGACUCCCCGGUUCUCAUGGUGAUCAAGGACAGUGAUGGACAGCUGUUUGGAGCUCUCGCUUCAGAGCCAUUUAAAGUCAGUGACGGCUUCUAUGGCACCGGAGAGACCUUCGUUUUCAGCUUCAGUCCAGACUUAGAGGUUUUCAAAUGGACUGGUGACAAUAUGUUCUUCAUGAAAGGAGAUAUGGAUUCCUUAGCUUUUGGUGGUGGAUGCGGUGAAUUCGGCCUGUGGUUGGAUGGCGACCUCUAUCAUGGCAGAACUCACUCAUGUAAGACCUUUGGAAAUCCAAUGCUCUCGAAAACUGAGGACUUCUAUGUGCAAGACAUUGAAAUAUGGUCCUUUGAAUAACACCCCACCACCACCGCCACCUCACAGACUCGGUACAAAAGUAACAAGGCCACAUCUCUAGACCCCCAUAACUGAUUGUACACCCUCCGCUUGGCUCCUAAGAAGCCCUGAUAGAGGCAGAGCAGAUAAACAGUGUACAUUGCACUUAAUUUCUGGAAAUGGUCUGCAUGGGUGGGUUCUUCUUCACGAAUGUUUCGUGAACACAUUUUUACCCAUUUGCCGCCUGAGGUCCUCUAGUCUUGAGGAUAAGGACGAGCGAUAAUGGCUGUUCCAGAAUGUUUCCAAAAGAAAUGUAGCUCCAGACUUUCCCAGGAGUCAUAAAACAUUGGGUUUUUAAGUCCUACUACCUUCAUCACCUGUAGCAUUGCAUCUAUUUCAAGCACUUUUAAUAUCUAACCUCAAAACCCCUGUUUUUAAAAUGUCUUGUCUGUGCGUUCACACAGGCUCUAUAUAACCAAACACCACUACUUAAUGUAAUAUUCAGUACCGUGUUGCUGUAAAAAUGUGGUGUAACAUGCAAAUUAACGUGUGGUGCCCUUUCCUGUAAGUCUUUUGAUCUGUCUUGGAGUGCUGUAGUUACGCCAGGAGAAACAUGUUUUAGGGGGUGGGCAUCUGAAGGAAUAUAUAUAUACAUAUAUAAAUACAUAUAGCAAUUAUAUAUUUAUACCUUUAUUAGUGUACUGUGUACAUAACUACUUCCCACAUUGCUGUUAUGUGUGACAGUGAUAUGGUUUGCGCUACUGUCCUUGAAGUAUAAUCUCAGUUGUACAUUUUCCUUGUAAAUUUGUCCCAAUAAAUACAUUUCUAUAUGCACACAACAUCACUGCUAAUCCAAUGUGAAUGUGGAGUUGUCGGCUGGGAGUUUUCAUCAGGUAACCGGUCUCUUGAGACUGGCUCAUCUCGUCGGUGGUAACAUGGGAACCAUAUAUAAGGUGACCGGGGCGUUCGAGGGUGAUGAAAUGACUGGUGCAACCAGAGCCAGCCUCCGGGGCUUAUGGAUGACAGCGAUGAUGAGACACAGAGACACGGAUGAGACACAGAGACACGGAGAAAAUUUAUGGGGAAAUGUCUCUUUUUGCAGUAUUAUGACUUGGAAGUUUAAGCCCAGAGAUGCCAAUUUGUCAUUGUGGCCAGCUGAAAACUUGCCCAAACAUUUGACCCGACUGUGCGCGUCUGUUGUCGGAGCAGGCGUAGCGCUGUGAAGGUCUGAUGCUCUCUGCAUGCCGUGAGAUCGUAGAGCUGAAGGACUCGGGACGCCCCUCUGGGGCCACCUGCACAUUUCUGGUCUUCCAGUAUUUGAUGGCCAUGUGGAAACUCAAAGAAAUGUCAGUAAAGGUCCCUAACAGAUUAUGUAUCAAUGUAUUAAUCACAAUAAAGUCUAUGUAAUAAUGG